CGUCAUGACGUCUUCAAAACAUGGCGUCGUGGCGGUAGCGAACCUUACCAAGUGGUACACCAAACGAGACCGCUUGUAAAAGCGGUAAAGUACAGAAUUUUGAAUUUCUGUGCAACUUUCAUAACCACAAAAUAUGGCCGCAAACAUGUACAGAGUCGGAGACUAUGUCUUCUUUGAAACAUCAUCGACAGCACCUUAUCAGAUUCGACGGAUCGAGGAACUUGUUAAGACACCCAGUGGUAACGUAGAAGCGAAGGUGAUGUGCUACUAUCGACGACGGGACAUUUCAGGCUCCCUUAUGGCUGAGAAACAGCAGAGUGCGUUUGUGGGAUCUCUCGAAGAAGAACAGGAACGGGAAGCAGACGUGCUGACAGAGAAAGAACGUCAUCAGUUAAAACAUCGUGAGCUGUUCCUUUCACGCCAAGUGGAAACGCUCCCUGCGACCCACAUUCGCGGCAAAUGCUCCGUUACUUUGCUCAACGAGACUGAAUCUCUGCUUUCGUAUCUAAACAAAGACGACUCCUUUUUCUAUUCGCUAGUGUAUGACCCGCAACAGAAAACUCUUUUAGCCGAUCGCGGGGAGAUACGCGUGGGCUCUCGCUACCAGGCCGAGGUGCCGCCCUGGACGGGAGAACCGGCGUGUCCCCGCGAUUCGGCAGACUUAGAGGUGCUGAUGUACACACCGAGCCAUGUCUUAAGUGACCGGCAGUUAGACCAGUUUCUGAUUGUGUGUCGGUCCGUGGGAACCUUUGCGCGAGCCUUAGACUGUUCGAGCUCUGUGAAGCAGCCAAGUUUGCACAUGAGCGCUGCGGCGGCAUCACGCGACGUAACUCUGUUACAUGCCAUGGAAGCUUUGCACCGACACGCGUACGAUAUUGCGGAAGCCGUGUCGAGCCUCGUGCCUCCCGGUGGCCCCGUUCUCUGCCGCGACGAGAUGGAGGAGUGGUCGGCGUCGGAGGCUAAUCUCUUUGAGGAGGCUCUGGAGAAGUACGGCAAGGAUUUUGGAGACAUCCGCCAAGAUUUCCUGCCCUGGAAGAGCCUCAAGAACAUUGUAGAGUACUAUUACAUGUGGAAGACGACGGACCGGUACGUUCAGCAGAAGCGAGUCAAGGCUGUGGAAGCGGAGAGCAAGCUGAAGCAGGUCUAUAUUCCAAACUACAAUAACAAGUCUGGUACUACCCUCGGAGGCCCAGAAAAUGCCACCACAAGUGGACGCCCUUGCGAGAGUUGCUACACAAUGAGCUCAACACAGUGGUACGCUUGGGGCCCGGCCCACAUGCAAUGCCGGCUGUGCUUCUCCUGCUGGACUUACUGGAAGAAGUUUGGAGGACUGAAAUAUCCCACACGUUUGGAAUCAGCUGAUUUAAUGACGUCGUCGGAGCGGUUGACGCCUGGUGGUGUUGUAGGGCCAGCAUCACACAGGCCGCACCGCUGCACCAUCACAGGUUGUGGCAAGGAGUUCAAGCUUAAGGCCCACCUGGCGCGGCACUGUGCUACUGCGCACGGGUUGGCAUUACGAGCAGGAAGUCCACGUCCGGUGGUGAAGACACGAGCCGCAUUUUAUCUCUGUACUACACCCUUGACACGGGCCACUCGGCGUAUGUGUGGGCGAUCUGUACUUAGACCCCGACAUGCAGCCCGAAACCCAUUCCAGCCCAUCAACGUCAUUGCCAUCAAGCAGGAGUGUGAGUGUCCCCAAAAGGACAGCGCCGAGGACUGUGGUACUGCCACAAAGAUUGAAGGUCAGAACAGACUGGUUCCAGAUGCUGUGCCACAGUGGAAAGGGAAACCCAGAGACAGGGGAUUGGUGGUGGACAUCUCACACCGACUCGGAACUCCAAACCUCCCACGACCAGAGUGGUUGCACCCAACGCCACGAGACCAGAUUGUGCAGCCUCAACGGCAGGCUUUCCCACCACCGCCAAGAGGGGACGACGGCAGACUCCUGCUUCCUCCUCCCCGCCUGGACCCCACGCCACCGCCAUACGUGAGGCCUACCCUGGCCUCGCCGUCAAGUUUACUUCGCAAAAGGCCAUACGACCAUGCCAAUGGGGAAGGCAGCAGCAGUGCAAAGCGCAGGCUGGCCAAGACAGAAGUGUUGGCGCCACCAGUGCCACUCAACGGCCGAGCAAAGGUGGCCACCAUCACUCGCAUCGGAGGCCGCAAACACAUGAUCUCUUGGGUUGAUGCCCCUGACGAUCUCUACUUCAUUGCGACAGAAGCCACCAGACGCAUGCGGAGACAGCUGACCAUACCAGAACUGAGGCGGUCAGCUAGGAGACCCUGUCGCCGGGCCCUCGGUCCCCCGAGGACAGCUUCAUCCUCGGUGACCCCGUCCCUGUCUGGAUCCCCACCACCCACUGCCGAUCCAAUAGUCAUUCUUGACUAAGUUCAUCCCUGGUACCAUGGGGCAAGUCACUGUAACCACUUUUUGUAUUUAUUGGCCUCUGCAAUGGCUAUUAAGAGUAAAAACACAAUCAUUAUUUGAGGUUGCACCUGUGUCGUGGGUUCAUGGGACUCUCUGGCUUGCACUCAAAUGCCUUGCUGAAGCGGUCAAAGUUCUUCAGGGGCAAGUUGAUCCUGUGGGGUGGAUGGUGUUGUAGAUGCUGUAUUUGCUUUUUGAGAUGGAUUUCAUAAGUACAAUAAAUGGAAACAACCACGUUUUCAGCCAUG